AAGUAAGUGAGCGGCUUGUGAUGCGUCGACUUUUGUAUCGGUACUCGGGCGGUGGGGUGCGUGGCGUGGUUCUUCGUGGCGUCAUGGUAAGGAGUGCGAACAUCGGGAGGGAAGAAUGGGGAGCGGGAAGCUUUGCAACGCCGCUCGACGCGCGCACGCGUACCUCACGAAUAGUCCGAAACCUUCCCAACAUCUCCUUUCCACAGAAAUCCGGGUCGAAUCGACAGAAAGUUGCGUCCCCCUUUACGGCGUGCGCGCAGGGCGUUUUUCGCGAUAGUGUACGGGAGGUGGAGCACCUUUCUGGAUUGUUGAAGAGAGUUACCCAGCUGACGGAGGAGCAUGUCUGUAUCAUCAAGUCGAAGCUCACCAAUAAGCUCGAUAAGCUUGCAAGGAAGAGUUCGGACAUGCGACCCUUCAUGGACGCGUGGGAUAAGAGGAUGUCUGACGUCGACGUCUUCGUCCAACAGCACGAGGGAGACACCUCCUCCUCGUCCUCCUCCUCGUCCUCCUCCUCGUCGGAGGAGGAGGACGACGAAGAGACGCCUGAGUCCCGAGCUUGCGACGUGUGCAAUCCGUCCCCUCCCUCUGAUGGGUCAAAAUGCGCCAAGUGCGGCAUCCUCCACCUAGAGUCGUGCAACGUCAUCGUCAAAGAAGGCGACAGGGCUCUCGUGUGCAAGGACUGCACAGAAGACAUCGACUCCGGUGAUGACGGAGCACGCGCUACAAAGAAGCGGAGGAAAGGCGAGAAGGUCACGUUGCCGGAGGGCGACAGCACUGUGGAGGUGGAUACGAGCAUGUCGCGGAACACGGUUGUCCACGCAGAGGAACUUUUUGCCUCACGAACCAACACGUACACGGGCGGCUCUCCGCUCAAGACCUACAACCGCCCCAAACUUGCCAUCGUCGACCUCACGCGCCAGGACUUCUUAUUCAAGGACACGCCGGCCUCUAAAAACGUCUUGAAGAAUGCUGUUGAGGGCCUUAUGGAGGUGUUGGACGAGAAAGGGACGAUUGCGUGUGCCAUCCCUCGUCCCUGGUAUUUUAAAGGCAACCUGCUUGACUUCUUAUUCAAGGACACGCCGGCCUCUAAAAACGUCUUGAAGAAUGCUGUUGAGGGCCUUAUGGAGGUGUUGGACGAGAAAGGGACGAUUGCGUGUGCCAUCCCUCGUCCCUGGUAUUUUAAAGGCAACCUGCUUGUGGGGGCCUUCAAAGAAUUCCCCGACAAGUUGUUCAUCGAUCCAACUCCGGUCGUCAUCUCCUACCAGAGCGUCUCUGGAGGCGCUCAACACAAGAGCCACGAGCUGCUGCACCGCAACCAGCAGGAACACGUGCUGAUGGUGCAUCGCGCACCUCCAGCUGCAGGUGGCACAGUGAACUUCACGUGCAACAGACGUGUUGUGGUGUCGGAUGUGUUCGGCCACUCGCUAGGCAACAUUCCACACGCACGACAUGUCAUCCAGUUGGAAAACUUGCCCGCCGGGGCACCCAACGGGGGCUCGCGGACGUGCUUUCCUCCGACCGCAUCGCAGUAUUUCAUCGCGAGGUUCACCAACGCCGGCGACACUGUGCUAGGAGUUGGCGUCGAAAGUACAACAGUCGCAUAGGAUGCCAUCUCACGGGGGCGCCGGGUCGAGUUUUACGUGACGGAUGAGGCCAAGCGCGCUAGUCUGCAGGCGAAG